ACUGGGUGAAUUUCACUUUUACUUUUAUAAUUUUCUAUUAAGGUAUCUUUACUUUUACUCAAGUGUGACAAUUGGACACUUUUUUCACUACUACAAGCUGGUCGUCUGUGAGUUUGAAGGUCAGAGCCAGAUCACACAACACUUUUUACUUCCAGUGCGCAGUCUUUCAGAUCAAGUCAAAGCACUGCAAUCUGAAUGGCACUGUAGUUGACCUGAUGUCAUUUCAUAUCAAGAUAAUCCAGGAAAUGCGCCGUUUAUUUUACUGCAAGGAUUUCUUUCCUACUUAUUUUGUAUUGUUCAAUUCGAUCAUACAGGUACUUCACAGUUUAUCAUGGUAAUGUCCUGAAUGACUUGAAUUAAAUAGUUGACCUUGUUUUUCAGACAUGGCAGUAAAGCCCAUCAACAAGCGGGCGGUGGGCCAGGCCUUCGAGGUGAUCCUGAAGACCCCAUCACCGGUGUCGGACACAGCCCACAGCGUAACCUCGCCCCCCAAGAGGGAGGUGUCCCUAGAGGACAUCCAGAAGAAACUGGAGGCAGCUGAGGACCGGAGGAGGUCCCAGGAGGCCCAGGUGCUGAGGGCCCUGGCAGAGAAGAGGGAGCACGAGAGGGACGUGCUGCUCAAGGCCAUGGAAGAGAACAGCAACUUCAGCAAGAUGGCAGAGGAGAAGCUCACCAUGAAGAUGGAGCAGAUCAAGGAGAACCGGGAGGCCCACCUGGCAGCCAUGAUGGAACGCCUGCAGGAGAAGGAAAGACACGCAGCCGUGGUGCGCAGGAACAAAGAGCUGAGGGAAGAGCUGACAGCGUGAGCCCCACCUCUCCCCAACAUCCACUAACCACAUCCCUCCAUCCAGCCUCACACCUGGUCACUCCACAGCAGACACCAAGCCCUGGAGACCUGGAGGGUGGAGGACCUCACUACCAACACACUACACCACCCACCCAACCCCUCCAUACACACACACCCUCUAUCAGUAUUAACGGUGGACAUGAAAAAGGAUCACACUCUUUUGGAAAAUCAAUAACAUGAAAACAUGGGUAUUAUUUUGUAAAUACUUUCUUUAAUUGAUCUGUCUAUCUCUCGCUCUGUCUCUCGUGUGUGUGUCCUUGUGUGUGUGUGUGUGUGUGUGUGUGUGUGUGUGUGUUUCAAGUGAGGUGUCAUAUCAUCAGCGUCCUCUCUCUGGUAGUUCCAUAGAUAGAGAAUGGAUGCUCCACAUUCAGCACACUAAAAUGACUAUAUUUAGAUAUGUCACAACGAUCUGCCUGCAUCCUCCACAAGCUGACUACUACAGUACAAGAGUUCUCCUUCCGUAUGUCUCAAGCUUCGCUGAAUAAUGCUUUGGGGUUCUGUCAACAUGGCAUGCGCCAUCUCAUUAUUUUCUGUGCUAAAGACAAGGAAACAUGUAAACUGCCAAAUAAAAGAACCAAUGACCUAAA